AUGGUGUGGCCCUCUGACUCCCUGCGCAGCACUACUCUCGACGCCAUCGCCAACUGGGCUCGCCAGAGCUCGCUCUGGCCCUUGACCUUUGGCCUGGCUUGCUGCGGUGUCGAAAUGAUGCACGUCUCAAUGCCACGCUACGACCAGGACCGUCUGGGCAUCAUCUUCCGCGCUUCUCCUCGCCAGGCAGACGUCAUGAUCGUCGCCGGCACCGUAACGAACAAGAUGGCCCCUGCUGUCCGACAGUGCUACGACCAGAUGCCGGAGCCGAGAUGGGUGAUUAGCAUGGGCAGUUGUGCGAACGGCGGCGGAUACUAUCAUUACAGCUAUUCCGUCGUCAGAGGAGUCGAUAGAAUCAUCCCGGUGGACGUAUAUGUGCCAGGCUGCCCGCCGACCCCUGAGGCUUUACUGCAGGGUGUUUUUACGCUGCAGGCUAAAAUGAGGAGAACAAAGAUCACAAGGAUGUGGUAUCGCAAGUAG